AUGAAUGAUCCACUCUAGCCUCUUAACCAGCUCUGUCUGAUUGCUUUCUUUUUUUGUUUUGUGUGAAAGUGUGAAGUCGGUGCUAAGCUUAAUUUGUUUUCCAUUGCCAAAACAGAGUAGUUGUGUGUGAAUGCUGCAUGUGACGUCCUCCUCCUUCAAUUUGAACAGAAACUUCUUUUCUCUUAAAAGCACAGAAACAUUAACCAUCAUCCAGUUUAGUUGCAUGUUAUCAUUGAUGGCAUGCCUAUUUCUUUCACAGGCGUUGAGAAUAUUCUUGCUUAUAUCGACAGAUCUGCGCCUGUUCCACAAUAUACGAUUGUACGGGCGAGCUGCUCCGCCAUCAUCAUGGCAGAAUAUGUUGUGGCUGGCAUCAUCAACUUUGAACGAGGCCUGUAUAGGUACUUUGAGUUGCAGAAGACCAAGAACUGGGAUGAUCUCCUAUCGCUCAAUUUUAGGACCUUAUCAGACUUGCGUGUCGCAAUUCUUGGAGCUGGUGUCGUUGGUGAAGAGAUUGCCAAGUCCCUGGUUCAAUUUGGAACUACGGUGAAUGGCUUUGCCAGGCGGAGCAGGAGCUGUGAAGAACUGCGAAGUUCACCUUUUCAGAAGAUUUCUCCAGAUCUGAGCUCAUUGCUUGAAGACUGUCACUACCUGGUCAAUGCACUCCCCAGCACCCCAGACACUGUUGGCAUGCUCAACGGGGAUGUCCUGAGGCAAUGCAAGAAUAGCCCUGUGUUCAUCAAUAUUGGUCGAGGAAGUAUCAUCUCUGAGGACUGCCUGCUAAAUGCUCUGAAGCAGAAGUGGAUCUCGGGGGCCAUUCUUGAUGUCUUUGAAGUUGAGCCACUGCCUGCCUCAAGCCCUCUUUGGGCAACUCCGGAUGUAAUCAUCACGCCCCACAUGUCUGGCCCCUGUAGGCCACAAGAAGUGGUCAAAAGUUUCAUGGUCAACUUUGAAAAGUUUCUGGCAGGAGAGCCACUCAUACACAAAUUUUCAUUUGAAUCUGGAUAUUAGGUUGGAUUCCUUCAACGGCAUUUUUUAAAAGGCCAGCAAUAGUUUUACUAAACACUAGUCACAGC